AUGGUCCUAUUAGUAUUAACUGACCGUAUUCGAAGGGCAGUCUUUGUCGCUAUGGAAUCUCCAGAAUUUGAUAGCGAGGCGAAAGCAAGACUCAAGUCAUACAUCAAAGGAAGUUCUUGUCUUCCACUUGACCUGGUCAAAGAAGUUUCAAAAUUUCUGGUCAGUCGCGAUGGAAAAAUUGGUCGUGAGAUCGGUCUAUCAAAUUACUGGUUACAUGAAUUACUCACGGGUAGCGGAGUCUAUGUUGAGCAGCACAAAGAAAAAUCAAAGAACCCAAAACUGAUUGCACGUCUCGAGGAAAUUCUCGCCACACAGGCAAACAAAGAAUACGCUCGUAUGAUUGGUCGUGUUGCAUCAUCGUAUGAUGUGGAAACGUUCAAGAUUUUAGACACGGAAGAGUUUGCGUCGAUUCGUGGUCAACUUACCGCUAUUGUUAAUAUCACGUUUACCGUCGUGGCGGUGUUCGCUGCCGUAUAUCACGUUUCUCAAACUAUCACCGGAGAUACAGGAAUGCGUGUAUUACUUGCAGGUUUUGGUGGCCUAAUUACGAAGUCAACAAAAUCACGAAAACCUGGUGCGCGGCGAGCGACAUAUUGCUCGAGUACCGCUUAUAUAAACAGCAAAACUGCUGGCGUGAACCCAACGCUUCCUAGUUACCGUAUCAGUCAUGUUCCUCAUUUUGACAAACCAUCAUCGACUAUUAACAUUAAUACUCGCCGAACACACAUACCGAGAACCAAAUCGCUAUAA